AUGGCACAACCGGACCUCACGUCUCAUCAUGUCAAUUAUUUAAUUUGGAGGUAUCUCCAGGAAUCAGGUCACGGUGAUGCCGCGAUCUCUUUGCAACGCGCGUGGUAUCCUGACCCGCAGACUCUGCCGUUCGCGCCGUACAUUAAAACGCAUGCGCUAGUGUCGCUGGUCCAGAAAGGCCUGCAAUAUCACGAACUAGAAACCUCUUUGGAUAAGGAGGGAAAUCGCAUUACUAUCUCACCCUCUGAUUAUUUCUUCGGGCCAGAGCGCUUGGAAAAUGGCUUGGUGGGGAGUCGCGAACCUGUCGGCACAGACCAGUCAGCGUCGCCGAGCCAAGUUGCGCGCGACCGCCCGGUGAACGGCCAUGCCGAGCCCGGAAGGCAGAUCCGAAAGGACGACGACAGUGAUGAGUCCAUGGAGGACAAGGCGCAGACUGAGAGCCAGCCAGGUAGUCCGAAUCCUAUGGACGGAGACGGCGAUGUCAGUAUGGCGGAAGAAAUUCCCGAACCUCCGGUUACCCUGGAGAACGGCGACAGCUCUGGCAUUCAGAUCGCCCCCGCCAAGACCGUUGAUUUGACGCCCGACACCGCCCUCUUGGAUGUGGAGAAUCACGUGAGUCAGGCUCUUUGGCGCCCUCGAGACCCUACGACUGUCGUGGUAGCUGGCCACGAGUUCUGCAGUCUCUGGAAGCUGUCGGGCUCGGCAGAACCCGUGGAAAAGAAGAUUGUUGAAUAUAAGAAGGGGAACACCGCGGUCUCAAACGUGACGUGGGAUGCCAUCGGAGAGAAAUUGGCCGUUGCGACUUCUACUAAUGAGAAAGGAACCAUCACUAUGUACAACACCAAUGGUGAUGCAGUCGACCUACUCCCUGAGAUUCCCCGGAUCAUCACUGGCCUGCAUUGGUCUGAUGUCAGCUCACAGCUCGUCGUUGUGGGCUCAAACGAUAACAUAUCAGAACUUGCGCUUUGGGAUGACGACCGCCGGCCUGAUGCCUUCCCUCCUGCACAAGUAAUUCAGGAUCACAUCUAUACGGUAUCAUGGUGUGGGCGCAAUCAGAUCUUUGCUUCGGGCGAGGGCGCAAUCUACCAAUGCGAAGUGGAUCAAAGUAUCCGCUUACUCAACACAUUUUCUUCCAGAGAUAAGACAACCUGGGAUUUCCUUCAGUGCGCUCAGAGCGCUUUAGGUCCUGUUGCACUCGCAGCAUCCGGGCCGGCAUCUUCGAUAUGGAUCCCCACCCACCAGAUCUCAAUCCCCAACGCCCACCCCGAACAGAUCACCGGUCUUGAAAUUCGCCCUCAGUCUAAUUCACACCGCAUUAGCUUCGCCAGCUUUUCCCAAGGCGGCAAAGCCAAGGUUUGGCAGGUCGACCUUGAAACCAGGGACUACCAUUGCAUUCAUCAAUUCUCACUCGGCCCUUCUCCCUCAAAUAACGCCCUCACUGGAUGCUUCUCCCCCGACGGAUAUGCUCUCGCUGCCGCCAGCAAGGACCGGAUUUGUAUUUGGAAUGUCGAGCGCGGUGGCGAACCCAUCUCUACCUGGACCGCACCCCAAACCGAAGUUAAGAAGGAGGACCCUGACCGACCUUUGAAUGGACACAAUGGUCUUCCAACCCCAGACUCACCAUCCUACUGGCCCUUAGCCUGGGACGCAGAUGGAAAGCGACUUGCGUACGGUCUCAACAAGAAGGUACAAUCCCUCAAAUGGAUCCCCCGUCCCGUGGAUGCCCCGUCCCCAGUUCCCCGGCUGACGAAUAUCCCCUUCAGAUUGCAAUCAUAA